AUGGCUUUGUUGGCCUGGAGAGUGUGGUCAAAGCUCUGCUGUGGUCAUAGGUGGCUGCUCCUCCUCUCCCCCAUCCUUCUCCUCUUUCUCACAAUUUCUGUGAUGAUCGCCACCCUCCCCAUCCCCUUCCACCAUCGGACAUUGACUGGCUGCCAUCCAGAUGGGGCCUGGAAUAGCCGCUACGGCAAAGAGCCAUCCAAACAUUUAAUGAUGGUGGCUGAGCAGCCUAAACCUGAGGAGCCCUCUGAAAAGAAACGAAAGAAUACUGGUACAUUGGACUAUAGCAAGAGUUUGUCCAGUCCUAAGGAAGCAGUAAAUAAAGACGAAGCCAACUGUCAGAGUCAGAGUUUGAGAGAGCAGGACUUCUCAAACAGUGACCAGAGGAGAAUCAGGAUGAGUCUGGAUUCACCUCCUCCCUGGUUUAGUGUUGAUGACAUCCAGAAGAUGGAGCUCCUUGCUGGAGGCCAGGUGGUUAGCAAGGCUAGGGUGCCUGCCCAUGGACAGGUGCUCCAACAUGGACUUGGACACAGAGAUCCAGGGAGCCACAGCGAGCACUGCCAGCAGGGCAGCUGCUCCCUCAUCAAACGCCCUGAUGACUGGUAUGAAGUGUUUGCCUUUCACCUGGACAGGGUACUGGGACUCAACAGGAGCCUUCCUGCAGUCCUAAGGAAUUUUAACAGUGACAUAUUACCCUACAAAUACAUUAGCGGUGUUCCCAGACCUGUUGUGUGGUGGGACCCGGAUAUCCAGCACCUGGAUGACAGCGACAACGACCAGAACUCAGUACCACUCAGCUGGGUUUUGUACCAGGAGUUGCUUAAGGUCCAUUGUGGGAAAGAAGCCGACCUAAACUCAGUCCCUUGUGUGGGGGUCCACCACUCAGAGUGGGGGAGACUGGCUCUCUUUGACUUCCUACUACAGGUAAAUGAUAGACUUGACAGGUACUGCUGUGGUUUCAGACCUGAUUCAAGUGAUACAUGUGUGGAAAACCUUCUGAACAUCAAGUGUCAAAACACCAAGGAGUUAGUGCUGGUUCACAUCCUGGUGAGGAAGGCAGAUCCCUCCAGAUUGGUUUUCAUAGACAACGCCGGCAGACCAAACCAACCUGCUGACAACCUCAACUUUAAACUGGUCAUGGGCAUUGAUGAAUUUCCAGAGAAAGCUGUGUCUGUGCUCCAGUCAGGUUGCCUGGAGAGUCGUCUGCUGGACUCCCUUUACACUGACAGGGAAUUCUGGGACAGUCGGGGAGGAGCAGACGGCCUCAGGCCUCUCAUCCACGCCGUGGAGCAAAGAGCGAAGAACCUACUGCAACAUAUGAGGGACAAAAAGCUCCAGCUCAACAGGGAUCUGUGA